UAGGUGAAAGAAAAGAAAGGCAAGUGAUGGCACAACUGACAAUCUGACAGGAAAUAAUGGGCGAAUUUUGUCGUACAACAACCAGGCGGGACCUUCCUACUCUCAGCCAAACUAGCAAAAAACUAGAAAAGCAACAAGCAAAGGAGCGUUGGCCAGGAAAUGAAAGCGAAACCCACCCUCGACAAAUUAAGUAAAGAAGAAGACUCUUCACAUCCAUGAAAGCCACUGCACCAAAUGCACCUGCCUCUCUCGCUGAAUGGAUUUCGUAUCUCUCUUCGUUCCUUUUUUCUUUCUAAAGCUCUUUAUUAAAUUAAAGUACCCAAAUUCUUUGAUCAUGAGACGUUUCCUCCAAGCAACCCUCCACCACCACCACCAUCGCUAUCAUCACCACCAUUGAUCAUUCACUCCCUUCUCUUUUUCUUUCUAUUUAAAUAUCUUAUAUGCUGGUUUUUUUUAUAAACCAACAAUUUCCCAACUGCGGAAAGAAAAUCUUAGCCGAUGCCGGGUCUACUUUCCAUUAAAACUCCUCCCAAUGCGACGCCCUUGAGUAUUCUUCUAGCCGGAAAGGAAAAUGGCGGCGGCUCCAAGCGAACCCCAUCCCCAUCACCUUCGGUUUCACGAUCCAAGCCAACAAAAAGAACCCCAGAUAAAACCCACAUUGAUGAGUGCUCUCUCGACAACCCGGAUCUGGGUCCGUUCCUCCUCAAGCUCGCCCGAGACACCAUCGCUUCCGGUGAUAACCCGAAUAAGGCCUUGGAUUACGCCAUCCGGGCCUCGAAAUCGUUCGAGAGAUGCUCGGGUCCGGGUUUGGAGCUGGCUAUGAGCUUGCACGUUCUGGCGGCGAUUUAUAGUAGCUUGGGGAGGUUUGAGGAAGCGCUUCCGGUUUUGGAGCGGUCCAUUGAGGUACCGGCUCUUGGAAGCGAGCCGGAUCAAGCGCUGGCGAAGUUUUCUGGGUAUAUGCAGUUAGGGGACACGUAUUCAAUGAUGGGUCAAUUGGACCAGUCCAUUAAGUGCUACGAGUCCGGGUUGAGGAUCCAGAUUGAAGCUCUUGGCGAUUCGGAUCCGAGAGUUGCUGAGACUUGCAGGUAUUUGGCUGAGGCCCAUGUUCAAGCGAUGCAAUUUGACGAGGCAGAUAAUCUCUGCAAGAAGACCCUUGAAAUCCACAGGGAACACAGUGCACCAGCAUCCCUUGAAGAAGCAGCUGACCGCAGGCUUAUGGCUCUUGUGUGUGAGGCGAAGGGAGAUUAUGAAUCUGCCCUCGAGCACCUUGUCCUCGCUAGCAUGUCAAUGAUUGCUAAUGGUCAAGAAACAGAGGUGGCUGCUAUUGAUGUUAGCAUUGGCAACAUUUAUUUGUCCCUUUGUAGAUUUGACGAGGCAAUCUUCGCCUACCAGAAGGCACUUACAGUAUUUAAAUCCACAAAAGGCGAAAGUCACCCUUCUGUGGCAUCAGUCUUUAUUCGUCUUGCUGAUCUUUACAACAAGACAGGUAAGCUAAGGGAAUCCAAAUCCUAUUGUGAGAAUGCCUUGAGGAUAUAUGCAAAACCUGUCCCUGGAACUACAUCAGAGGAGAUUGCCAGUGGAUUGACUGAAUUAUCAGCCAUCUACGAAGCUUUGGAUGAGCCUGAAGAGGCUCUGAAACUCCUUCAGAAGGCAAUGAGGUUACUGGAGGACACCCCAGGCAACCGCAGCACCAUUGCCGGAAUAGAGGCACAAAUGGGUGUGAUGUUCUACAUGGUUGGCAGGUAUGGGGAAGCUCGAAGCUCUUUUGAGAGUGCUGUGGCAAAGCUCCGUGCUAGUGGGGAGAGUAAAUCAGCUUUCUUUGGAAUUGUAUUGAACCAGAUGGGACUAGCAAGUGUGCAACUGUACAGAAUAGACGAGGCCGUCGAAUUAUUUGGAGAGGCAAGAAAGAUAUUAGAACAGGAGUGCGGCCCAUGUCACUUAGAGACUCUUGGAGUUUAUAGCAACCUCGCUGCCACCUAUGAUGCCAUGGGAAGGGUAGAAGAUGCAAUUGAGAUACUGGAGUACAUCCUUAAGAUGAGAGAAGAAAAGCUUGGAACGGCAAAUCCUGAAGUUGAUGAUGAAAAGAAAAGGCUAGCUGCGCUCCUGAAAGAAGCAGGAAGGACACGGAACAGAAAAGGAAAAUCGCUUGAAAAUCUUCUUGGUACCAACUCCUAUAAAACCAAGAAGGGAAGUGCAAAGAGGUGGGCCACUUUUGGUUUUAGAUCUUGACAAAAGAAUGUCACAUCUUCUUUUAUAAGUAUUUAACAUUAGAAAAUCAGCUAAAAUAUCAAGGCUCUCAACUUAGUGGGGCCGUCACGCUCGACACAUAUGAUCCAAGUUUUUCUUCUCUGCUUAACUUAAGUUGAUUGUUGAUUUGGAUUGGAUUGGCAUUUGAUAUAUAAUUUGUUGCUUUUGACCAAUGAAAAUGCUUACUGCUUUCCGAUUCAA